UUGAUUAAAAAGUAAAGUUCAUCGAUUAUUUUUGUAAUUAAUCAACUUAUUGUUUAACUUAAACUUGAUUAAUUUUUCUUUUCAUAUUUAGACUUGAGUCAGAUUGAAUGAAAAUAAAAACUUUCGAAUUUUUUUAGUCAGUCUCUUUUGACUAGGCAUUGCAAAAUUGUCUAAAAAUCGGCAUAGCAACCGUAACAUCCCAAAUGUAGCAGAAUGCAAACACUCCACAUUAAUGUCGUUCCUUUUCAUCCGUCGAACGUUUUGAAACGAAGAGAGAUAUGAUGAACGGUAAUUUGGAGGAUUUGAGAGGCUUCAGAGGAGAGGGGAGGGUCGCGAGUGUAAAAUUUUCGUUAGGGGAAAGAGGAAGGGUGAGAUAAGUGAUGAAAAACGUAAGAUGCGCGGGCUAGUACCAGGGCGCCUGCGCUUAUUUACCCUUCCCCUUGCCCCCAAUUUUGAGAGAGGCGAGCGGGCUGUUAUACGCGUACACAGAUCCAUUGAUCGGUUGGCUUCGCAGCCGCCGGCCGACGUUCUACCGAGGGUCGUUCCUCGGCUGGCUAUGGCCAAUGACGAUCGUGAGAAAACUCUCCGUUGUCCAGCUUCAUAUCAAAGAGGAUGGGCGACUUUUUCCCGUCUACCAACUACUUCAGCGACAACAGAACUCUACCUCCUCCGCCGCCGCCAACCCUAACGUCACCAUGACUCAAGCUGAAGAAACUCGACCAGUUCUUCCGGAAAGUCUGGAAAGCAUACCGAAAGCAGAUUAUUUUCCCAACCAGCGUCAUCGCUGGAAUACAAAUGAGGAAAUAGCAUCGCUGCUUAUCAGUUUUGAGCGUCAUGAAGACUGGUUAUCAAAAGAAGUCAAAAUCAGGCCGAAGAGUGGCUCUAUGCUACUAUAUAGCCGUAAAAGGGUUCGCUAUCGGAGAGAUGGUUAUUGUUGGAAGAAAAGGAAAGAUGGUAAAACCACUCGGGAAGAUCACAUGAAACUCAAGGUUCAAGGAACUGAAUGCAUUUAUGGUUGUUAUGUGCAUUCAGCUAUCCUUCCAACAUUUCAUCGUCGCUGCUAUUGGUUAUUACAAAAUCCAGACAUUGUACUAGUACACUAUCUGAAUGUCCCAUACAGUGACGAUAAUAAGCUUUUGGUUACACCGAGUCUCAGUUACUGUGCUGACAAAAAGGAAUGGACUAAGGAGGAAUUGGUUUCACAGCUUAAACCAAUGUUUUAUAGUGAAAAUGAGCCUGAUUUGAAUAAUGAGCUAGAAAUUUCGACUGCUGAAACAGUUGAAGCUAUCGUACAGCAGUUGAUGGAAAAACAGCGAGCCAAAUCAACAGCUCGAACCCAUGAAUGUGCAUGUGACAAUAAUGCUAAAGGCAAUGCUUCAGCUGAUAAAAAGUGCUCUCACACUUUUCACAGAAUCAUAUCUCCUAAAACUCAUUCCCGAGGCGUCUUAGCUGCAGUGAGCACAGCUGCUGCAAACUCUACAACCGUUUCAAAUACAUCUACUACACCAGCAUCGUCCACAACAACCACCGUUUUAACCACUCAGACAACAUCUAUAAAGUCAGAAGAGACCCCAGCUAAAAGAGCAACAGUAUCUGCUACCGUUGCUGUCACUGGUGUCACUCCCCGACCUGGCAGUGUUAUUCUUGCUCCUUGUCGUCCCAUUUUGCAGGAUGGAAAACAUGAAGUUGCCUUGACUACAGGUAAUCAUGGCUCUGGUGGUGGCUCAGCUGCUGCCACUUCCCUUAUUUUGAACUUGUCCCAACUUCAAGGUGGAGGUGGCCUUCUCAUUUUGAACAGUGCAACAGCCGCAUCUGGUGUGGGUUUGACAUCCGCAUCAGUUACACCUGUCACAUUCCUGUGUGGACAAGAUACUAGUGCAGCCACAGCCGUGAGGAAUUUAACAACUCAUACACUCACCAAUGCAAUGGAUACUUCGGAUGGUCCGAACAUAGCAAAGCCCAUCAAAAAAUCUCCAAAUAUCAAAUCAGAAGUGGAGGAGGGUUUAGAAUCAGCCCUGAAAAGGGAUGUUCAUUUUUCAAAUGUGCCGACAAACAAAGACCCUGAUCUCUGUAGUGUUAUGGAGGAGUUGUCUUCAGAGACAAAGGAUUUACCCAUGAAUCUCUUUGAAGACACUUUAGCCAUGUCACACGACGAAAUUCAGCGCACUCUGUUAGCCAAUAUGCCUCCGCCCAAAUAUGUGGUUCAAGAUUCAAACCCUCAAAUCUCUGUGAAGUUGGAAUCAUCCCAUCAACCAGAUAAUGUGAUAGUGGACUUGAAUCCUAUGGACUUCAUUGACAAUGAUAUAUCAACUCCUGAUGAGGAAGUGUUCAAUAUGGAUACAUUUGAUAUUUUGAGUGAUCUCCCUAACCUUGAUGAUCUAAAUCCAGACCUUGCUCCAAGCAGUGGGCUGUCCAGUAGCAAUUCAUCGACACCCGUAAGCAAUGGUUCUUUUGCUGCCAAGACUAAUCAUUCAGCGAUGGAUUACAGAGAAGGGACUGCAAACAUCACUGAUUACUCUCCCGACUGGUGUUAUACGGAGGGUGGUGUUAAGGUUCUUGUUACAGGACCUUGGUACUCAUCCUCCUCUCCUUAUACCAUCCUAUUCGAUGGCGUCAGUGUGCCAACUACAUUAGUACAAAGUGGAGUUCUUAGGUGUUAUAGCCCAGCUCAUGAAACAGGUUUAGUCAGUCUGCAAGUUGCUUGUGAAGGAUUCGUCAUAUCUAAUUCUGUAUUUUUUGAAUACAGGCAAAGGCAGUCUGCUACAAAUGUUAAAUCAGAAGAUUGGUUUUCUGUAGAAGACAGUACAUUGAAGCUUUCUCUCCUGGAAAGGUUAGAGAUAAUGGAAACUAAACUAACCUUCAGUUUAGAUGGUGCUUCAGCUGGAUUAACAACUAAUAGUGUUGUGCAGAAUGCCAAUGAUGAACAAAAGUCAUUUGAAGAUAGGUUAGUUUCUCUUUGCCAAAAAUUCAUGACCGGUAAUUGGACUCGCCCGGACGAUGUUUCGCCAAUGCUUACAACAACUUGCUCUGAUCUCACUCUGCUUCAUUUGGCUGCAGCUCUAGGGUUUUCUCGCCUUGCUUGCACUUUACUGCAUUGGAGGAAUGACAACUCAUCUCUUAUGCUCGAAAGAGAAGUAGAUGCUAUGAGUCAGGAUAAGAGGGGAAACACUCCUCUGAUGUGGGCCUGUGCACUUGGCUUCAGUGACGUUGCUCUGCUUUUAUAUCAAUGGAACAGGGCUGCCAUCAAAGUUACUAACAACCGAGGAGUGACCCCUUUAACUGUUGCAUCGGAAAGAGGCCACGAAUCCCUGGUUGAUCAGAUUGAAAAACUAGAGUGGUUCAAGAUAACAGUACGAAGCAAUGAAACAGAUCUCAAUGCUGCUGCAAAACUCGACGAUUCAAGUCUUAGUAAGGCAAUGAAGCCACCUUCUUUAGAUAAUAUGCUGAUGAACAAUGCAUCAACAUCUGUAAAAGCUAGAGCUACAAAUCCUAAGGAAUCGCAACAAGCACAGUCUCAACGACUCAGCUCAUCUGUUUCAACUUUCUCUUCAAGUGAAGUUUUAGAUCCCCCUAACCUUGAAAGUCAAUCAUACAGUCUUCAUUUGAAUGAAAGCAGCCUGAUGUCUUUUUUAAAUGUGCUUCAAACGAAUUCCAGGGACAGAUUCAAUAUGAAUCCACCUAAACCUAAAAAAGACAUUUCUACCUCUCCUCCUGUGCUCACUGAGAAUACAAGUGAGAAACCUAAGAGCUCUACAAUUGAUAUCAUACCAUCUGAUGAAGAAUUAGAUGGACAGUUUUCAACUGCAGCUACAGAAGGUAGCACUUUGUCUAGUCGUCGAGAUAGCUGCAGCAGUUGCGACCUGCCUCUGAACAGUGAAGCUGACAACAGGGUCCUGACCCUUGCUGAACAUAUUAUUGCUGCUAUGCCUGACCGAAUUAAAGCAUCUGCCAACACCGAUCCUGAAGACCCGUUUCGGAGCAGUGAAGAUUUUUCUGAAGGAGAUGGAAGGAGCUUAUCCAUGAGCCAAAAUCCACUUGACCUUGAUAUGUGUUCUAUUGAUGAUUCUUCUCCCCCUCUUCUCAAUGAAGAAUUUAAUUUUGAUCAUACUUAUCGGUAUUGUGAAACAAAUACGCCAGUUUCUUCACUAAGCCCGGCUUCUUCGUCUUGUUUGCAAAGUCCUAGCAGUUUUACUUUAGAUUCACCCUCACCCCCUCCUACUACUGCUGAUUUUUGUGAAUUCUUUCAAGCAUCUGGUAAAAUCAUGGAAAAAGACUUCUCAAAACUCACUCUCUCAGGUAUGUUAUAUUCAUUUAAUUUUAUCUAUCUUUAUCUGUUGCAAGAAAAAACCAUUAUCCCUAUGCAGAGAGCCUGUUUACAUCAAAGUGCGCACCAAAUGGAUGCCAAGCUCCCUACACGAGUGAAUAUCAACAUCGCCAACUCUUGAAACAUUGUGAACAGC